AUGGGAAACCCACGCACGGCCGAAAACCCACAACCCACAAGACCGACUUCAAAUCCACUGCGCAACAACAUCGCGACCAAAGCUCCACCGCUGAUGAACUCCGUGCCUCUGCCCGUGAAUCACCAUCUCCAAACUGACGUACUACAGAUUCGUACGACAUCCUCACGACCGGACCGCCGCCUUCAACUCUACCUCCGUUCACCACUCAAGGUCCAGCCGAGAUUGCCACCAUCGGUAAAGUCUACAAACAAACGAAUAUUGUCAACAAUUUAA